UGGAGUCUCUGGAGUUGGAAUUACAGGUAGUUGUGAGCUCUGGUAUAGGUGCCAGGAAUUGAGCCUGGGUCCUCUGCAAGAGCAACAGUUGCUCUUAACUGCUGAGCCAUCCCUCCAGCCCCAUGUGUCCAUUAUUCAUAAGACUUCAGAAAGCACUCAGGAGGCAGGAGACAGGCAAAUCAGACAUGUCUACAUAGCAAGUUCCAGGCCAGCCAGAGCUACAGUGUGAGACCCUAUCUCAAAAAUAAUUAAAAAGAGACUCAAGCGAGUCCUCUACUGCUAACAAAGCCAUAAACCCUAGGAUCAAAUCCACUUGCUUCAGAGGGAGGGGGGCCUACUAGGCGCCUACUGAUAAGAACAAGACACCAGCUGGGGUAACAUCGCUCAGUGGCAGCAUACACAAGGCCCUAGGUUCAACACUCAGUAGUUCCCCAAAAACCAAUAUCCCUGCACUAGGGAAGCUGAAGCCAGAGGAUUACAAGGAAAACAAGAUGGAAAGAAAGAAGGCAAGUAAGGGCUGUGUAGUUAAGAACACUGACUGCUCUUGCAGAGGACCCAGGUUUGACUCCCAGCACCCACAGGGCAGUUCACAACUGUCUGUAACCCCAGUUCAAGGGGAUCCGAUGCCCUCUUCUGGUCUCCACAGGCAUCAUGCAUGCAACUGAUGCACAGACAUAUUAUGCGGGCAAGACACCCAUGUGAGAAAGAAAAAGGGGAUUGGGGAUUUUGUUCAGUAGUAGAGUGUUUACAUAGCAAGCACAAGGCCCUGGGUUCGGUCCUCAGCUCUGAAAAACAAAAAAAAGAAAAGAAAAAAAAGAUAACUUGAAAUUUGUAUAAGUAGAAACCUGGAAGUGUGUAGAGUAUAUAGUGAAGAUACUUGGGCCAAAUCUGCUGAACAGGUGUGCUUUUCAGAGCUAAUGAGUUAUCCUGUGCCACAGAGAUGGUCUGGCUAGUUGGUUGGCUGACUGGAACAUGGACCCAACUGUACCCUACAGUUAAUAAAGCUGAGAAAUUAGAAAUUGCCUGUCUUGACAUGGGAGCAGAUAAUGAAAACACCCCGAACUAUGGCCCUCAAAAGUAGUCAGCCACGGCCCCUUUGUUACUCAGUCCCAUGUUCUUGUUAAUCAUGGCUUUCCAUUUGAGCCCUCCUGGUUCCAACAGCUGGGUGGCUCCUCCCGGUUGGACCCAGGCUGCACUCGGCAACCAGCACUGCUUUCUUCCCUGGAGACUAUAAGGCCCAGGGAGGAUGAUGCUACAGUCACAGAGCCUCGGUGCCCUGGAGGGAGAUGAGCCAGGACAGCUGAGGCCUUAACAGGCCUCUCCCAUGGCCCUGGGCUGGGGUGGGCUUGGCCCUGCCUGGCUCUUGGCUAUCUUCCCCACUCUAGCUCUUACUUAUUCCAUUAGCAUUCACCAUUUCCUCCCCACUGUCUUCCUCCAUCUGUUCCCAUGGGCUCCAUUAUUCAAACUUGGAGGGAGGAAAUCAGGGCUGGAGAGAUAACAGACUCUGGCGCUGGUACACUGGGUUCCUGUUAUAUCUGUACAGUCCUCCAAACCAGGUAGGCUGCAAGGGGUCAGCCCGGGCUCGGGGUUGGGGAGAGGGCUGCAUCCCACUGUCCGUCCCCGGAGAUGUGGGAAGGCCCCACCUGCUGGCCUCCCCAGACUGCAGGCACAGCUUCAACAACAGAGGCCCUAGGGCAGGGAUGUAAACACAGUCAGAAACCCUCCUGCCCCAGGGGUGGGGCGGAAAGCUCACAGCAUCACAGGGCGGGGCGCCUCCCGUCUGGAUGGAGGUGGUAGGCUAGUAGUGGCUCAUGCACAAGUUGGAGGAGGUGCGCACCCCUAGCUGGAGGCUCUCAGUGCACCUCACUUUACCACCUUUUAUUGCUCUCCUUGCUUACCCCCUCUCCCUAGUCCGUCUUUCUUCUCUGGGUCCUCCUGGGCUCCGCUGACUCUUCUCCUGCCACCUGUGAGUCUUUCUCUCUCCUGCCUUACCCUUUCUCUGCUCUGCUAGUUGCCUGCCAAGAUCUCUCAGGGUUUCUCUACUUGACGUCCCUCCACCCCCUCGCGGCCCCUGCAGACAUCCCCUCCCCCACCCCGGCACGCAGCAGUCACGACGCCUCCUGGCGGUGGCCUCGAACCAGCCCCUUGGCCUCUCUUCUCUUUCCCCUUUGGGACCCAGACUGCCCCUGGAUCACUCUAGCCACCCGGCCUGGACCUCCCCUUCCCUGGAAUUCUCCCCUAGGCCAUCGUAGAGUCCGGGUCCACAGCACUGGCCACACCUGCACCUUUCCCGAGGUCUCACCAGAAAGCCAGCCCUAACUCGCCAGGGCGCGCGUCUCCCCGUCUGCCUCCCCUUCCCGGCCCCGCCCCGACUCCUCCCAGCCCCUGGGGCCCUCCCGCCUCCUCCCCUCCCGUCCGCCCCUCCAGACUCCAGCGCGGGCUGGGCAGGCAGCCUGAGGACAGCUGCGAGCAGGGAGUCCGGGCAAGGCUUGACCCGAGGACACUCCUAGAACUGGCGGAAGCCGAACCCAGAGGUACCCGGGGCCCCGGGCCCUUGGUUGGGGUUACUGGAGGAGGUAGCCCCACUGGUGGCCUUUUCCCUGGGCCGGGUCAUGCGUUGCCGCAAGUGCCAGCUCUGCCUGUCAGCACUGCUCACACUCCUGGGCCUCAAAGUAUACAUCGAGUGGACAUCUGAGUCCUGGCUUAACAAGGCUGAACCCCGGGGCACCCUGCUCAGUCCCACACCACCCAUCGCUGAGCCCACUCUGCCCAUCAACCUCUCAGCACGCCUGGGUCAGACUGGCCCACUGUCCUUGGCUUACUGGAACCAGCAGCAGCGGCAUCUGCGAGUCCUGCCCAGUACAGACUGCCAGACUUGGGGGACUGUUGCUGCCUCAGAGAUCUUGGACUUCUUUAUGUACCCCCAGGACCUCCAGCGCUUCUUGCUAUCAGCAGCCUGUAGGAGCUUCCCACUAUGGCUGCCUGCAGGGGGAGGCAACCCAGUGGCCAGCUGCUCUAAUAAGGAUGUCCCCUACCUGCUCCUGGCUGUCAAGUCAGAACCAGGACACUUUGCAGCACGCCAGGCUGUGAGAGAGACCUGGGGCAGUGCAGCCGCUGGGACCCGGUUGCUCUUCCUGCUGGGGUCCCCAUUAGGAAUGGGGGGUCCUGACCUAAGAUCACUGGUAACAUGGGAGAGCCAGCACUAUGGUGACCUGCUGCUCUGGGACUUCCUGGAUGUUCCCUACAACCGGACACUCAAAGACCUGCUGCUGCUGACCUGGCUGAGCCGCCACUGCCCCGACGUGAAUUUUGUCCUGCAGGUGCAGGAUGAUGCCUUUGUGCAUGUCCCUGCCCUGCUGGAGCACCUACAGGCACUGCCGCCCACCUGGGCCCGCAGCCUCUACCUGGGGGAGGUCUUCACCCAGGCCAAGCCGCUCCGCAAGCCUGGAGGACCCUUCUAUGUGCCGAAGACCUUCUUUGAAGGUGACUACCCAGCCUACGCAAGUGGAGGUGGCUAUGUCAUCUCGGGACGCCUGGUGCCCUGGCUGUUGCAGGCAGCAACCCGUGUGGUACCUUUUCCCUUUGAUGAUGUCUACACUGGCUUCUGCUUCCGUGCCCUGGGCUUAGUGCCCCGUGCCCAUCCAGGGUUCCUCACAGCCUGGCCAGCAGACCGCACCAGGGACCCCUGCAAAAUACGAGGCCUGCUGCUGGUGCAUCCAGUCAGCCCCCAGGACACCAUUAGGCUCUGGAAACACCUGUGGGGCCCCGAGCUCCAGUGCUGAGCCUCAGAGACAAGCUAGGGUGGGGGUGUUAAGGGUCUUGUGCCCCUCCUCAACCCUCCCUAGUCAAGAACUGGGUAGCAGA